AUGCCUUUUUCGGUGAAGCUCAUGGUUGUUGCCAUCAUCUGUACAUUUUACCUGUUCAAUGCCGUGGCUAGUCCAGACCACUUGUGUUCAUCUGAUGAAACUGAACGAAUGGGUGUUUGCGGAACACAUCUUGCAGAUGAUCUAUCUCUAGUCUGUCGUGCAGUAUACAAUAAGCGCGGAACUUCUGAAGUUCGAGAUGUUACGUGGUCCCAGUACCCGAAAAUAGUGAUGAAGAGAGACACGAAUAUCCCUACAGUGGACUGGGCAAAGACUGCGAAUAUGUUAGAUAAAGUAAAAAGAAAAAACAUGGAAAAACUUGGCAAGGUAGCACUUGAAAAACGAAACGCUUUCGCCUAUAUAUCUACAAUAAGGCAAGGAGGAUUGGUGUGCGAGUGUUGUGUUCACAAUUGUGGUCUUGAUGAAAUGAAAAUGUACUGUGGAAAUGUGGAAGACGACCAGUGA